GUACCUGAACGCAACCGGCCCACUUCCAACAUGGCGGCUCAACGGAGGAAUUUGAUGCAGAGUCAUCAGAGUUGGACCGACGACCUUCCUCUGUGCCAACUCUGCGGCGUUGGCACCGCACCCAACUGCGUGUAUGGCCCCGAUGGGAAAGGCACGCAGAGCCACCCCAAUGAGGACACACACCUUCGCUUCAGGAGUGAGGAUGGCUGCUCCCUCUACGGCGUCUUCAACGGCUACGACGGCAGCCGAGUGGCCAGCUUCGCUUCGCAGUGUCUUACGGCCGAACUCCUGCUGGAGCAGCUCAGUGCCGACCACACGGACACCGAUAUCCGCAGGAUCCUCACGCAGGCAUUUGAAGCGGUGGAGAAAAGCUACUUGCACACCAUCGACGACGCUCUGGCAGAGAAAGCUAACCUGUCUGGCUACAUGCUACCGCAUAGCGAGAAGGUGCAGGAGCGCUUGAAGGAGUUGGAGCAGGAGGUGUCGGGAGGAGCCAUGGCUAUCGUGGCGCUCAUCCUCAACAACAAACUCUACAUCGCCAACGUUGGGACCAACCGGGCUCUGCUGUGCAAAACCACCAGCGAUGGCCAGAACCAGUUUUUCCAGCUUGGCCGACCUCACAGCACCGAUAAUGACGACGAGCUGCAGAGACUUGCUGGGCUGGGAUUGGAUUCGGCCCGCGUGAGGCAGGCGUGUCAGAUUGCUGGGCAGAGCAGCACCAGGAGGCUUGGAGACUACCGGGUCAAAAUCAACUACAAUGAUAUCGACCUGCUCAGCGCAGCCAAAACGAGGCCCAUCAUAGCCGAGCCAGAGAUACUGGGUAGCCAGUCGCUGGAUAGCGUUACGGGCUUUCUGCUGCUCAUGUCGGAAGGACUCAUCGACGCCCUGGAGUGCGCGCACGGGCCCGAACACGUCAAUAAGGAACUCGUUGCCAUGGUGGCAGCCGAGCUGGCGCAGCAGAGCACGCUGGAGGCGGCCGCCCAGUCGGUGGUGGACCGCGUCAAACGGCUGCACCACGACGUCUACACGUCGGGCCGCCAGAGGGCCACCUUCUGCUCCCGUCACGAGGACAUGACCCUGCUCAUCCGCACGCUCAACUACCCGCUGGCGGACGGCGCCCAAACGCCCACGCAAGGCGGCCGCAUCUACCCGGUGUCGGUGCCCUACUCCAACAGCCAGAGCACCAGUAAAACCAGCGUCACCCUCUCGCUGGUUAUGCCCUCGCAGAGCACCCUGACCAACGGGACCGCCGCCGCCUCCACCCUGGAGGAGGGCACCCCCACGCCUGGUAGCCAGAGCCCCACGGCCACCCUGCAGUCCACCAACACGCAGACGCAGAGCUCCAGCUCCAGCUCGGGCGACGGCAGCCUCUUCCGCCAGCGGGGGAGCCAGGCGGCGCAGCCCGACGAGACGGGACGCGUCCCGCCCUACGUGGACUUCACGCAGUUCUACCGCCUGUGGGGCGGCGAACACGGCGACGGACAGAUCGCUCGGGGCGGCCUGGGACCUGAGUGAGACCGACGUGGCGGAGU